AUGGAAGCUGGCUUCUUCAUCGUAGGUACACGUGAGUCUGUCGAGAAGGCCCGUGUUCUGAUAACCUUCGAAAUUUACCGCAUAUUUGAUCUGGAGAGACUGGAGGCCGAAAAGAUCGAUCCGAGUGAAUUGUCGCAACAAGAGCCGAGGCAAACCAAUAGCGAGCCUCUUGAGAGUGCUUCGUUCCAAGGUGGGGGUGGUGAUCGGAAUAUGUCAAAUCCCGACGGUGAAUGCGGUAGUCACUCGCAAUUAGCUGGUGAAGGCUCUGAUGAUCUAGGUGGAGAGCUAGCUGCCGGUCCCCAAGGCAAUGAACGUGAUCAAUCGCCUCGUACACAUGUUUAA